AGAAAAAUCAAGAGAGAGGUUCCUGGAAGAGGUCAAGGGGACAAAAACAGCCUAUUUCAGAAAGUCCCAGAGCAGGUGGUUCGUGUGGAUCUUUUCCUUUCUGCUUCUGUCCGGAAAUCUUUCUCUCUGAAUCCAUCUUUCCACCUCACGCUCUCUCUCCCUUCCCUCCUCCUCACCUUCUCCCCAUCCCUCUCCUCUAAGCGCUUGCUAGGAGCCAGCUGAGCGCAUCCUUUUCCAAAGCUGCUUUGCUUCGGAGGAGCCCUGUUCCCCCUCCAGUAUCUGAGCCAAUGUUCUGGGGACAGCCUGGGAGUCUAGAGCAUCCUCCCAAGGGGGGAACUGGUACCCAGCGGCGCCUCUUAGGAUGAACCAGCUGACCGCGUCCCUGAAAGUCUGCAGGAUGGCAUAGAGGAGACAUUGUGAGCAGGCAAGAGCUGGGCUUGCUGCAGGACCCUGACGGCCGGGCACUGGCCAGAGCGUGUGACAGGGGUCUCUGUUCCCAGCGGAGGGGACCAUGGCCUCCAUGUUGCUCACCCAGCGGCUGGUCUGCAGCUUCCAGCACAACUACCGCCUGUUGGUGCAGGGAUCCAGACACAUCAGUCAGGCUGCAGCUAAAGUCGACGUUGAAUUUGACUAUGAUGGACCUUUGAUGAAGACGGAAGUCCCAGGGCCUAGAUCUCGGGAGCUAAUGAAACAGUUGAAUAUAAUUCAGAAUGCAGAGGCUGUGCACUUUUUCUGCAAUUAUGAAGAGAGUCGAGGCAAUUACCUGGUGGAUGUGGACGGCAACCGGAUGUUGGAUCUUUAUUCCCAGAUCUCCUCGGUCCCUAUAGGUUACAACCAUCCUGCUCUCAUGAAACUCGUCCAACAGCCUCAAAAUAUGAGCACAUUCAUCAACAGACCUGCCCUCGGAAUCCUUCCUCCGGAGAACUUUGUGGAGAAGCUCCGGGAGUCCCUGCUCUCAGUGGCUCCCAAAGGGAUGUCCCAGCUCAUCACGAUGGCCUGCGGCUCCUGCUCCAACGAGAACGCCUUCAAGACCAUCUUCAUGUGGUACCGGAGCAAGGAAAGGGGCCAGUCGAGUUUCUCCAAAGAGGAGCUGGAGACGUGCAUGGUCAACCAGGCCCCUGGGUGCCCUGACUACAGCAUCCUCUCCUUCAUGGGUGCUUUCCACGGGAGGACCAUGGGUUGCUUAGCAACCACGCACUCCAAAGCCAUUCACAAGAUUGACAUCCCCUCCUUCGACUGGCCCAUCGCACCGUUCCCACGGCUGAAAUAUCCUCUGGAAGAGUUUGUGAAAGAGAACCAACAAGAAGAGGCCCGCUGUCUAGAAGAGGUGGAGGACCUGAUCGUGAAAUACCGGAAGAAGAAGAGGACGGUGGCCGGCAUCAUUGUGGAGCCCAUCCAGUCUGAGGGCGGAGACAACCACGCCUCGGACGACUUCUUCCGGAAGCUGAGAGACAUCUCCAGGAAGCACGGCUGUGCCUUCUUGGUGGACGAGGUUCAGACUGGAGGAGGCUGCACGGGCAAGUUCUGGGCCCACGAGCACUGGGGCUUGGAUGACCCUGCGGACGUGAUGACCUUCAGCAAGAAGAUGAUGACCGGGGGCUUCUUCCACAAGGAGGAGUUGCGGCCCAACGCUCCUUACCGGAUCUUCAACACGUGGCUGGGAGACCCGUCCAAGAACCUGCUGCUGGCUGAGGUCAUCAACGUCAUCAAGCGAGAGGACCUGCUGAACAAUGCAGCCCAUGCUGGGAAGGUCCUGCUCACGGGACUGCUUGACCUUCAGGCCCGGUUCCCCCAGCUCAUCAGCAGAGUCAGAGGGCGAGGCACCUUCUGCUCCUUUGACACUCCAGACGAAUCCGUGCGGAAUAAACUCAUUUCAAUAGCCAGAAACAAAGGCCUGAUGCUGGGGGGCUGCGGCGACAAGUCCAUCCGCUUCCGUCCCACUCUGGUCUUCCGAGAUCACCAUGCCCACCUGUUCCUCAAUAUCUUUAGUGACAUCCUAGCUGACUUCAAGUAAAGAAGCCCUCUCCCUCCAUGCUCUGAGGAUGGCCCGACCUCAACCGUUGUCCAAUUGAUUAGUUCGCCUAAUUCAUGUUUUCACUCAAAGUUACAGAGGUGAAGGCAUAAACUGGAAGGUUACUCAUGAAGAGGAGGGGAUGUCUCUGGUGGCUUGGGGGCAGGGAGGGGCUGGUUGGGGUCUCCGUCUCCGCGGAGCCGGUGGCGCACAUUGGUUUUCAGCUCAGAGAUUCUGCUUGAGCCCUGGACUUAGUCUUAGGAUGGUCCCUGGGGGUCCUGGCCACGUAACUGCUCACCAGGGACCCCCCCCAAUACCUUUUGAAGCCAGUCAAGGGAAUGACACCUGCUGCUAGGGCUGGCGGCUGGGACUCCUGGUUCCGUUCCACUCGAGGGACACAUUCAGAGAGGGGAGGAUGCUGGUUCUCCCUCCCCUGUCCUAUGCAAACAGACUCGCGUCCCCCUCAUCCCCCUCUGAGCAUGUGCCAUGGGCAGUGCAGUGAUGGGCAGGACAGAGCAUGGAAAGGCCAGGAUGGCAGGGACAUGGGACUGAGCUUUGGGCUGUGGGAAGGGGGUCUUCUAGCCACUCCCCCGAUGCAUCUGGGGAUUCCUCUCCAAACUGUGAAUUCUCUCCUUGAUGGGGCUUCGUCCUGGGAGAAUCUCUGGGUGGCAUCACCAACCAGUCUUAGUCACCAUCCUCAUUCCCCGAGUCCCCUUCCUCCUGUUAGGCAUCAGCCCAGACCUCCCUCCUGGAAAGGAAAGCUGUAGCCCAUCACCCUGGGACACACUCUCGGGAGUGUCAGCCCAGGCCGAGGACAGCAGAGAUUCCCCCGUUCCUGUCCUCCCAGCUUCUGGGGUCUGACUUUGGACCCCUGGUCGGGGGGAAACCCUUUCUCUAGCUUCUCUCAUCCACCUCUGCCCCACAUGUGAGCAGCGCCCCAGGAACGGCUUUUCCGCUCCGUCAGAGGGACUUGGUUACAGGACCAGGUUUCUUCUUGCAGGAGGCGUCAUGCAUUAAACGCACAGAGCUCCAGGCAGGAAAAUGCAGCCUGUCAGGGCGCGGCAAUUCCCUUGUCGUUAUUGCUCUGAGUCAGAGAUUUUCCCGCCACGAGUGAGUGUGAGAGGACCAGGCAGGUGAUGCUUAGAGGAUGCUUCACUGGACAAUGGCUGAGGUUCAGGGGGGUCUCUCCUGGAGAUGAGACAAUUUGCAACUGAUUUGACUUCAGAUGCUUCUAAAACAGAGCAGCAGGUCAUCCUAGAGCAAUGAGGUGUGGUUUAGCGGUAGAUGAAGGAAGUCUGUCCAAAAGGAAGCCACUGGGGUCGACCCAUGCCUUGGUUGACUGUUUUGGGGAGCCGGGCAGAUCAAGAAUCUCAAUUCAGCACUUUUCUCUUUUAAUAACUAAUCAUCCAAAGAUCUCAAAGUACUUUGGUUUUUUUCUUCCCGCUUCCACUAUUCAGCAGAUUUGGUCAUCAACCUAUCUUUGCCGAGAGUGAAAGGCAAACUCACAUGUUUAACAAGAACAUGGACAGAUCCGUGAAUACUGGUUCACCCCACAUCCUGCACUCAGUGCUAAUCUGUUGCUUUUAAGGAGCUCUGCUGUGUCCAAGGGCAUGCGCACUGCCAGCUAAGUGGAGUGCCCUCUCUCUACAACUUUCACUCACUUGUAGAUUCAUUUAUUUAUCCAGUCAUUCAUUCAUGAAACUUGUAUUAAAUAUCUGCUCUGUCCCAGGCCCAGUGCUAAGCACCAGAAAUCCAAAGGUGAAAUCAAACCUAGUCCCUGCUCUCAAGGGACUCACCCUCCCAUUGGGAACAACAGACUUAAACCAACAAUCAACGCAGAAUGGCAAGUGCCAUAACAGCAGUAUGUGUGGGAACAUCAGGAAAGCAGAGGGAGUGACCUGAUCCACCUAAGGGUCAGAGGAGGGUCCAAGGAGAAAGUGACAUUCAAGCAGGGUUUUGCAGGAUGCGUAACAGAUCACCUAGCAGACAAGGCAAGGAAGUGUUGCAGAAAGGGAACAGCAUAUGCAAAGACACAUCCGUUCACAGCCUCACACCUUUCACAGGGGAUCCAGAUUCCACAGGCAAUAUCCCUAGAUUCAAGGCCUUAUUUAACAAACAAGCAAAAUGCAAACCAAACCAUGCUUCACAUAUGCUUUCUCUGGAGAAACUUAGCAUCGGAUCCAAACAUGCAGUGAGGUUCCUGGAGUCCAAAAGGUUUUUAAGCCAGUGCACAACCAGAAACAUGGCUCUCUUUGGUGGAGAGAGUGGCUCCAAUAUUUUGUUCUCUCCCCAUAGGGCAUGGACAAAUAAAUGAAAUCUUUUUUUUUUUUAAUCUGGAGAGUCACGACCAGACUUAUUCACUCCUUACCAAGGGAAGUUACUUCUUAGAAAACUUUUUAAGCCAUUUAUCAGCCAGUUCUCAUUGACUCAGGGCUGAGUGAGUUCCUGAGACAUCCUCUUUUGGGGGUGGGGGGUCUAGCUGGAAGAACUUCAAGGUAAAGAUUCUCAGCAGUGUUCAAGAAACUUGUCAGAGGUUAGUGGAACACAGGGAGAGCAGAAGACAGGUGCAGAAGAGUUUUUGUGACCUAUGGUCUGGAAAUGAAUCCAUCCCACAGUAGUGCCAUGGAGUUUAGUACGUGUCGCUAGGAAAUCUCAUCCCUUUUACAGAAAAACGAGGUCCAGUAAUAGCAAAUCUUAGCACAUCCUCACUUUUAUUAUAAAUGGGUGUUUUUUGUUUUUUUUUUUUACAAUUUUUACUGACACUCAGUAACCAUGCAAAGUUGUGUACAACAUUCAUCUGUCUAUAUAUCUAUACAUGUCUAUAUCUAUCUAUAUAUCAACUCAUGGUAGAAAACCAUAGCUAGGGAACCUCGCCGACUUACCCGCAUACAAAAUGAUCUUGUUUACAGUAUUCUGUUGACAGUGCCAAUAAAUGAUAAAGAAAUUAACGCGUCACGAUGUAAUGGAUGACCCUAUGCCCAGUUCCAUGAAUUCAAUCUGUUUCCUGUGUUCAUCAGUAUUCUUAAAUUAAAAACAAAAUGUUUAUAAUGGAAA